UCAGCCGAGUGGAACUGGUGCGGCUGCUGGAGAGAUAGGCAGAGAGGCAGAGAGGCUGUGGUGAACAGACGCUGGGUCAGAGCGCUCAAUUGCUUCAGACAAUCACAGGGGAGCGAGAGACAGACAGGAAAAGAGACAGAGAGAGAGAGAGACCACAUAGAAAGAUAGAUUGAAGAGCGAGAAAGGGGAAGGAGAGACAGGGGAGGGAGGUAAAUAUGUGACAGGAUGUGGUUUCCCUGAGCUUGCAGAACAUUGGUAUACAGGCAUACUUUGAGCAUGACCUAAACACACCGAGCUUACAAGUGUGUUUGAGCUCCGUUAAGUGGCGAGGGGGAAGACGAAGCAAACCGCUGAAGCUGCUGCUGAGUCUGUAGACGCUCUGGUUUCUCUGUUGCCUGCCGGAGGAUUGUGUUUCCUUUAAGCCAGCCAGCUCCACAGCAACCUCAGUCAGCGUAUCGGACAGGAACUGAGCCCGUCCUCCAUCCUCGUUCCAAGUAGAAUGCGUUUCUCUGCUGGAAGCUCUGGUCCAGUUGCUGCCUUCGUGUCCAAGCAGUGAACUUUUCAACGUGAUUUGUGAAACAGGGUCCGUAACAGAGAAACAGACACACUGUGGAGCCAUGGGCUGCGGGCUGCGUAAGAUGAAGCCAACGUCGGAGGAGAAUACUCCGGGGAAGAUUUACUCCACCCUGAAGAGACCACAGGUGGAGACAAAGGUGGGCGUGGCCUACACCUACCGCUACCUGGAUUUCCUCAUUGGCAAAGAUGGUGGGACGUCCACGCUGCGUCUCUCGUCGGUGCGGGAGCUACCCGAGCAGCUGCAGGAGCUUUACCAGCAGGGUUUUGUUUUGGCAUCUUUUCACCCGUUCAUCCACCCCUGUGGUCCAGAGUCCAACAGCCCACAGCACCAGCUCUACCGGGCCAUACUGAUCCGAAUCAACGACGGGGUGGAAAGGAGCCAGCCUGUCUGCCCGCCAUACAAACUACAGCUGGAAGAGUGUCUGUCUGCUGAGCAGGUGCCCACCACAGAGCUCAUCCAGGGCUACGUCAAGAAGCAUAUCCAGGAUGCGGCUGACCAAGGGGUGAUGUUCGUGGGAUUUGUCCAGGAACCAUACGGGGCCCCAUGCACCAGGAUCAGAGAACCAGACACCCCCUCCUUCUCCCUGCACUCCAGCCCCAGCUCUGUGCUCGGUUCCCUACGCAGCUGUAGCCCCUCAAACCCCUCAAGUCCCAUUAACCACGCAGCACCUGGAGCUGGAGCCGAGGCAGUGGACAAAGAGGGCAAUGAGGACGCUUCAUGCGAGGCUGGGGAAGAAGCACCGGGUGGGGAUAAGAAUCAUAGUGAGAACACUGGGAACCAUUCAGGGAGCGGGGUGGAGGGUAGUCAGGGCGCGGUCUUGCCUGUGGCGCCUCCAAUACCCAAGGAAGAUCUGGAGCAGAGUGAGGAGCUGACAGAGGAGGAGUCAGCGUGUCACAAUAACAACAAAGACAGUGGCAGAGAUGCCAAGGAGAGGCCAAGAUAUCGCCUGCGGAGGGGUGACGGGGUGGAACUGCUCGCUUUGUACAACCACCCGCCGGUCCGAGAGGACCAGGUGAAGUACUACACUGUUAAGGUGCCACUGCGGGUUCAAAACUGUGAUGAGGGGGUCAAAGGCGUGGAGGCAAAUUGGCUGGAUCACAUGACUCAGCACUUCAACAAUGGAGCCUCGCUAGUCGAUGGAUACUUCCACCUGGGCAACGUGAACGAUACGCUGCCUAAGUCGGUUGAAAGUGUCUUCAUCUUCCAGGAGGCGAGUGAGGGCGAGCCGACCGAGGCAACCCAGACAUACGAUGCCAUUGUGGUAGAGCAAUGGACUGUCAUUAAUGGUUUGCAGGUGAAGGCAGAUUAUGUUCCUCUGCUACAGUCCCUGGCCACGUAUGGAUGGAGGCUCACCUGUGUGCUGCCAACUCCUGUAAUUAAGACUAACAGUGAUGGAAGUUUGUCCACCAAACAGAUUGUUUUCCUGCAGAGACCCGUUUUGGGCCGAAAGAAGAGGGAAUCCAAGAAAUUGAUCUUCAAGCCCCGAAGCAAGUCCAACAAGAACUGCAUCAAGGACACGGCAAAGAACAAGAAGAAGAAAAAAAACAAAACUGAGAAGGAUGCGGAGGAUCCUAAGAUUCUUGAUGACAGAGAAACGGUUGAGAAGGAGGAAGAGGAGAAGAGUAAGGAUGAAAAAGGGAACGCAACAGAUGUAGAGGCAGCAAGAGAAAGUGAGACCUCUAAAGAAAAGGAAAUGAGGUGUGAGGAAAAUAGAAUGAUUGAUGAUGGGAUGGAAAUUAGCAUAGAGACUGUUGAAAGGAAAGAUGGUGGAGAAGAGACAGAGGACAAGGGAGCCGAAAACCGCACAGAAGGAAAGGGAGAAGAAAAGAUAACACUGGAUGAAGAUGGUUCAAAAGAGAACAGAGAGGCUUUCGAAAACGGAGAGGACCAGGAAGUGACGGAAAUCGUUGCCACUGUCGAAACACAGAGCGAGACCAAAGAAAAGUACGAGGGCGUAGCAGAAGUUGUAACCGAAAACGGGGUCGAAACGUAUAAGGAGAAAGACAAGGGCAAAGAGAUUGCGAUCAAGCGCAAAACUGAAGAGCCAGCAGGCAUGGAGGUCAAUACCAAGGAGAUCGUGGCUGAUUCACAGGCCCCGCCAACUAAUCAACGCCAAGAGGAGACUCUAGAGUAACCCCAAGUAGUCCAAGUCAAGGGUUUUCCCAACCCUACCUCUCUCUAUUUCUCAUCUAAAGAACUGGUUCAUAGUGUUGUCCCUGAUCCAAAUUAAAGGGGCUUCAAACCCCAUCGCUGCAGCAUUCUUCAAACCUACCAUCUUUCAUAGACAAUUCCCCUGCAACCUGCCAUAUUGUAGCUACACAGCGAUUUCAUGUAACUGCAAAUAUAAGGCCUACUGUAUAACCACGCAUACUGAAUGUAUAUAUCCAGGAGAUGUUGUUGCAGAAUAGACAAUGUGGAGACACUGGAAUAACUGGAUGAGGAUUGACAGAAGGUUGAAUAUUUUGAACGACGCCAUGAUCAGAUUGGGAGCGUUUUAGUGUUUCUUAAGAAAAGUGAGAAACAGUUUAAAGGCCUGGUCACAUCAGUGAAAUUCCACAGCAAAAAACAUUUCCUGUCAAUGGAAUCACUAAAAUUAGUAGGUUUGUUUGUCGUGGCGAAGUAAAUCUGUGUGAAUUUCUCACAACAAAUUUGACAUAAAUUUGAAGCCUUAGUAGGCUAAGCCAUUAUAUUUUGUGUCAAACUUUGAGGGCACUGAGACUUGGAGAGCCAAAAUGGAGGAAGCUUUUGUAGCUUGUUAGCUACGUUGCACAAUCUACUUUUAUUUCAGCUCCUCGUUCAGAAACUGCUCCACAAAAGAGGCAGACAGUUAUGGGAAAGGGGUCAAGGCUAUAAAUACGUCUUUUGAAUAAACUGUGUGAACUUAUGUUCCCGUUGGUAACCAAGACAACUAGCUUGCUAACUGACAGUUAGCAUUUCAAUAUUGGAUGAAGUGGUGUGCAAACCUUAAAACAAAAUGUGAGAGGUGAGUGACCGCCCCAGUAUAGAGAAAAUGAAAAGAAGCUAGGAGAGCUAUUGAGACGCUAGCUUUUUAGCAUUUUUAGUUACCAACGAGCCUUGUAAAUAGUUCCUAAUAUCACCAAGCCUCUAAAUUAGCCUGUGCCACUUUCUGGUGUGACCAGGACCUUAAGGGAGAAAGGAGUGUUACAUGAUUCUUAAUGCAAUGUAAUGUAAGGGUUAAUUAAAACAACAGUGAUCAUGGAUCGAAGAUCGUUUAGGGUUUCCCCCAGAAAAGUUGUUUCGCACGGCUCACUUUUUUUGACGAGGGCCUGGCUGAGACCAGUUACAGACUGAUGGCCGCAUUUAUAUAGAGCCCAAUAGUUUCUGUAAUAACAGAAUUGUUGGUGGUAUUGCAAAACAGAGAAUUAAAAAACAAACUAACUAUAAAACAGAUUCCAUUUGGCCCUAGAUUAAGUCAGUACUAAAAGUUAACUGGACAUUUGAAGAUAUGACUGUCUAAGCUUCCAACUGAGCCGUAAAGAAAAAGUAGUUAAAAAAAA